AUGAAAAUUAUUGGCUGGAACUGCCGGGGGCUCGGGAAUGGCCCGGCAGUUCGUAGCCUCCUCGAGUUGGGGAGGAUGGAGGAGCCCGAUGUGUUGUUUUUGGCGGAGACAAAGAUGUCGGAUAAGGAGUUGGAGAGGAGACACGUGGAUGUGGACGUAAAAGAGGAGGAUGGAAGAAUCUGGCGCCUCACAGGGGUUUAUGGUGAAUCUGCUGCAGAUCGGAAAGUUGGAGGGGCGGACAGACCACAGCGGCUGUUGGAUAACUUUCGCGAGGCCCUGGAAUCAUGCGAGCUCAGUGACAUUGGGUUUGAGGGAGAUAAAUUUACUUGGAGGAAUCACAGCAAGGAAGUCAGCACAUACAUCUGUGAGCGCCUAGAUAGAGCCACUGCGAACGACGCUUGGUGUGAGUGGUUCCCACAUUUCAGCGUCCUCAAUGGGGCUCCUCGCCACUCGGACCACAGACCUGUUAUUGUGUGCACUCAGGGUGGGAUUAGAAGGGAGCGAGGUGGUGAUGGAGGUUUCCGGUUUGAGGCAUGGUGGUUGCAGGAGGCCGGGUGCAGUGAGGAGGUGCAGGGGGCGUGGGAGGAAGGAUGCAUGAAAGGAAGUGGCGAUGUUGCUACGGCGCUAAAGACGGUGGCGGGGCGCAUGUCAAAAUGGGGCAAGGAGGUGGCGGGUGAUUUGGAGGAGAAGCUUAAACAAGCACGACGGGAGUUGGAGAGGUGUAUGCGUGCUGCGGUGAGUGAAGAAAAAGUUCGGGAGGAGGCGAAGCUAAGGUGUAGGGUGGAGAAGAUUGAGGAAAGGAGAAACACGAAGGCAAAGCAGCGGUCGCACGUCACAUGGCUGAGGAAGGGCAACAGAAGCACGAAAUACUUCAUGGCGGUGGCGUCUGCUAAGAAGAAGGCUAAUAGAGUUAGAAAGUUGAAGAAGGAGGAUGGUUCGGAGGUGAAGGAGGGGGAGGAACUUAAUAACUAUGUCUGCUCGUUUUUUCAGGAACUCUUUACAUCGGUGCAAGGCGACCGGUUGCCGGAGCUCAUUGAUAAGGUGCAGCCUAGGGUAACCCCGGCCAUGAGGGCCGUGCUGGAGGCCGAGUUUACCAGAGAGGAGGUGAAGGCGGCCCUUGAUCAUAUUGGGGACCUCAAGGCGCCGGGCCCGGAUGGCAUGCCUUCCAUCGUGUACAAGAGGCAUUGGCACUUUAUGGGAGACAAAGUGGUCGAGGAGGUCUUGGCUGUCCUUAAUGGAGGUGCAAUGCCGGAGGGUUGGAACGAUACAGUGGUGGUCCUAAUACCCAAGGUGAAAAACCCUGACAGGAUCAAAGACCUACGACCCAUCAGUUUAUGUAACGUGCUUUAUAAGCUUGUUUCCAAGGUUAUAGCGAACCGGUUGAAGCUGAUACUGACAGAGAUCAUCUCGGAUAACCAAAGUGCAUUCGUGCCAGGGCGGCUAAUAACUGAUAAUGUUCUCAUUGCAUACGAGGUGUCGCACUUCUUACUGAAUAAGAAGAAGGGUAAUGAGGGCAUUGCUGCAGUUAAGGCGGACAUGAGUAAGGCGUACGACAGGGUUGAAUGGGACUUCCUGAGAGCCAUGUUGUACAAGCUUGGUUUUGGUGUGAGGUGGACUGAUCUUCUCAUGAAUUGCGUCACUACGGUGAGGUAUCAAAUCAAGCUGAAUGGUGGUUUGACUGAGCAGUUUUCUCCAUCGAGAGGCCUUCGCCAAGGGGAUCCAGCAUCGCCAUAUUUGUUCGUUAUUUGUGCUGAGGGCCUAUCGGCGCUGCUACAUGAUGCGGAGGAAAGUGGACGAGUUACGGGCGUCAAAAUCUGUCGGACCGCACCGGUUGUUUCACACUUGUUGUUCGCCGAUGACUCAUUGUUGUUAAUGAAGGCCAACCAUGAUGAAGCUCAUGCUGUGCGAGAAGUUCUGGACUUGUACGAGAACUGUUCGGGCCAGUGCAUCAACCUUGAGAAAUCAGCUAUUAUGUUUAGCCCCAACACAAAAGCAGAGGAUAAACGUGCUGUUAAGGAUGCUUUGCAGAUCCAAAGCGAGUCCUGGAGUGACAGAUACCUGGGGUUACCCGUCCAUGUGGGAAAGUCCAGGAAGAAAGCCUUUGCCUUUGUCAAGGGGGCCAUAGCCGGAAGAGUGUAUGGGUGGAAGGAAAGAUUUAUAGCAAAGUGUGGGAAAGAAACGUUGGUCACGGCCGUGGCGCAGGCCAUUCCUACAUUUGCUAUGUCAUGUUUCUACCUUACGAAAACUUUCUGUGAGGAAUUGAGUUCGCUCCUAUGCGACUACUGGUGGAGCCAGCAAGACAAGGAUCGUACCACACACUGGAUUAGCUGGAAAAAGUUGACGCUGCCCAAGGCUCAGGGUGGGUUAGGGUUCCGGGACAUGCACGGUUUCAACCUCGCUAUGCCGUCGCGUCAGAUUUGGCGUCUGAUACAGGCCCCGGAGUCGUUAUGUGCUCGUAUACUGCAGGCCCGCUACUUUCCGGAUGGCAAGCUUCUGGAGGCCAAACCACGUGACGGUAUAUCUUACUCUUGGCGAAGCUUGUUGCAUGGUUUGCAGCUGUUCCGGGAGGGAUAUAUCUGGAGGAUCGGGGAUGGCUCGCAGGUCAAUAUCUGGUCCGAUCCUUGGCUGCCACGUCCGUGGUCGUGCGGGGUGAUCACCCCCCGAGGCGCAAACUUGCUUCAGAAAGUUAGCGACCUGAUUGAUCCAAUCACGGGCUCGUGGGAUGUGCAGCUUGUUCGGGAUACGUUUUGGCCAGAUGAUGUCAAGCAUAUUCCCCAAAUACCGCUAAGGGACGGAACUCAGGACUUCAUUGCUUGGCAAUACGACACUAAAGGGGUGCACUCGGUCAAAAGCGCAUAUAAACUUCAAGUCCAACUCGAGCGUAUGAAACAGGAUGGUGGAGUGGGGGAUAGUUCACAUGUGCCUGGAAUUCUGAAUAAUAUCACCGAUGACUCUUGGAAACGCCGGGCAGAUGAGGAUGGUGCCCACCUCUUCGUAAAAUGCAAGCAUGCGAAAGAAGUCUGGAGGUUGCUAGAGAUGGAGAAGGAACGCAUUGAGCUUGAGUCCAUCGGGCCUGUGCAUGCAGUUCUGGAUUUCCUUUGGGGGCUUGACGUAAAAAAGCGGUUGCAUGUUCUUGUCUUUUGGUGGAUGUGGUGGUCAAACAGAAACAAGCUGAGACAGGGAGAGAUGCCCUGGUCAGCCGAUACGGUGGCCCGCCGUACGAGAAGCACCGUGCUCGAGUAUCUUGAAAUCUUCGGGAAACAGCCGGUCAAGCCGGCUCCUGACAAGUGGAGGCCACUGGAGCACACUGAGUUCAAGAUCAACGUGGACGGGUCGUUCGUUCCAGAAAUUUGUGCAAUGUCGCAGGCUGUGCAUGUUGCGGCGGAUCUGGGCAUAGUUCGAGUGGAGCUGGAGACUGAUUCUCAGCUGGUAGCAGAAGCACUGGAUUUGCACAAGGCCGACUCCUCAGCGCGUAGCGCAAACUCUAACCACUUUCUAGAGUGGGAGUCCGAUGUACCCGCCCAUGUGGGCGUUUGUGUCUUGGGCGAUGUGCCCAAGAGCAGUUAA